AACCCAGGUUUUGUUCUAAAUAAUUUUUCUCUUCUCUGUCAUAUUCGCUUCACGCAGGGUUUUCGAGAACUUAGUGGUGGUCUUCUUGUUGGUUUACCUGGACGUGAAAUUCCAGAAUGGUUCAGCUUUGAAAAUCCAGGAUCUUCACUGGCUAUUGUGCUUCCUCCCUGCUGCGUUAAUGCUCUCUACAUAAGUUUCGCCUUUUGUGUUGUUCUAGAAUUCGAGGUUCCGCUUUCCAUGAACAAGUUCGAUCAUUUGUUGCUUACAUGUGGAUCUCAUCUGAAAAAUACUGAUGGUAAUGAAAUGUUCUUGCCGUUUGUGGCUCCUGAGAUCAGUCAUGAAAGUAUGCGUAUGGAAACCACCAUCGAAUCAGAUCAUGUGUUCCUUUGGCACAACCAUUACUGUAGCGAGACUCGGCUCAUACAAAAAUUUUCUAAUGUCAAUGAGCUUUUGAUGGAGUUUGAAUUCAAAGCAGAACACAAUAUGUACAGUGCUGGUGGAGCAAGGCAGCUGGAAGUAGUAAAAUUAAAGGUGAAACGAUGUGGAGUCCACUUGAUGUAUGUUUCGAAAGAUGAGGAGUACCAAUGCAGCCAAAGCACAAUCCAUAGCCAGCACUGUUUGCAGUAUGCAGCAACCGAUUCUGAAUUUAUGCAACAAGUGAUAGAAACCGCUCAUACCAACAAGAAGAGAAGCUCCGAUCAGGCCAAUAUCAUUACAGAUGGCAGACUUGAUAAAAGGUUGAAAGAUUUUUAAUUUGUUUAUUCUUUAAACUAGUUACUUUGACUUGCAAUUGAAAAAUAGCAUCGAGUUUUAUUUGUAGAUUAUGUUUUUCAAACAACUUGCAUGUUUAUUUAUAUAUAAAUUGGUUACAAUAAAAACCG